AUGCUGAUAAAUGUGUUGAGUGUGAUUCUAAGCGGCACAUUAAAUUAAAUUGCACAAUAUAAAUCCAUGUAGCCUUCCUCUCGCGUGCCAAGAACGUGAAAAAAUCUCCCCCCAUCCGAUGGCCUCCACCGCCCCCCUCCACCCUUACCCACCUCCUCUCCUUCGCCCGCCCCUCAAAUCCGCUUUCCUUCCGACCCCCUUUCGAGUCCACCGGAACCCUAAGCCUACCUCCUCCCCCAAAUUCCCCAUCAUCUCCGCCGCCUCCUCCGACCCCUCGUGGGAGAGAGAGGAGGCCCGGUGGCUCCGGGAGGAGCAGCGGUGGCUCCGCGAGGAGCAGCGCUGGCUCCGGGAGGAGUCCCGCUGGAACGCCGAACGGGAGUCCCUCCUCCGCGAGGUCGCCGCCCUCCGCCUCCGCAUCGAGGUCCUCGAGCGUGAGGCCGUGCUGCGGGCCGCCGUCGACCCGCAGCCGGUGCUGGUCGAGGAGGCCCACGUGAAGGAGAUGGUUCUUGAAGAAGAGGUCAGGGAUUCGAAAGCCGCACCGGAGAAGAAAGAGGUCGUAGAGGAAGGGAAGAAGAAGAUCAGGUGGAACUCUUUGAGGAAAGGAUCGGAAGGAGAGGAGGUUCGAGCAAUGCAGGAAGCUUUGCAAAGGUUGGGCUUUUAUUCAGGUGAAGAAGACAUGGAAUACUCCAGCUUCUCAGGUGGGACUGAACGUGCUGUAAAAACGUGGCAGGCCUCAUUAGGGACUCCUGAAGAUGGGAUUAUGACAGCAGAGCUUCUGGAAAGAUUAUUUAUGGAGCAGAGAGUGGGGGAUUCCAGCUUGAAAGUAAAUGUGGAUGGUGCAAAUGGAGCAGCAGCAGCUUCUGUAACAGAAAUUGCAGAGAUCCAGCAAACAGUUGUGAAAGAACAUGGCGAUGAAGUUCAGAUAUCCCAGCAAAAAGUGUUUCUUCUUGGGGAGAAUAGGUGGGAAGAACCAUCCAGGUUGGUGGAUGGGAAUAAACCCAUUAGCAGAAGCAAGGGUGUGUUUACUACAAAGUGCCUUUCUUGCCGUGGAGAAGGCCGGCUAAUGUGCACAGAAUGUGAUGGGACUGGUGAACCAAAUAUUGAACCACAGUUUUUGGAGUGGGUUGAUGAAGGAGCAAAAUGCCCAUAUUGUGAAGGCCUUGGUUACACUAUUUGUGAUGUUUGUGAAGGGAAGGCUAUAACAGAAACUUAGUCUAGCUGCAUACAAUGUUUUUUCGGGGGAAUAGCCGUAUAUAAUAUCAUGCACGUAAAUGUUUGCCAUCAUAUAGUGCCAUGAAUACUGAAUUAUUUUACUGACAGUAAAUGCUGGGAAUUUGAAAGAAAAACAAAAAAGGGAUUUUCAUGUAUAUUCCUUUUUCA